AUGAUCCGGGCCGGCAGCUUGUGCCGGGGCUUGGGGCUCCUCCGAGCCCGCCCCCUGCCGGACCCCGCCGCGGGCUGCGCGCCGCCGUCCCGCCGGCUCCGCACUGGCCACCCGCAGCGCCGGGACCUCUUCAGCGACCUGGAGAAAGAGGUAGUCAAGUUCCGGAAGAAGUUAAAAGAGACCCUCCCGGGCAGUGAUUGGGACCCCUUAGGUACCACAAAGGGUCUCCCUCCUGAGCGUGCAGAUGUGGUCAUCGUGGGGGGAGGGGUGAUGGGCUGGUCCGUCGCCUACUGGCUGAAGGCGCUAGAGCCCAGGAGAGAUGCGCUCCGAGUGGUCGUGAUUGAGAAGGACCCAACGUACUCACGAGCCUCCACGGUGCUCUCUGCAGGAGGAAUUCGGCAGCAGUUCUCCUUGCCAGAAAACAUCCAGAUGUCCCUCUACUCAGCGUUCUUCCUGCGCACGAUCAACGAGCAUUUGGGGGUUGUGAAUGAGCCACCCAUAGAUAUUCAGUUUAACCCCUCGGGGUACCUCUUCCUGGCCUCAGAAGAUGAAGCUGCCAAGCUGGAGAACAACGUGCGCAUUCAGAGGGCCGAAGGAGCUGAGGUCUCCCUUCUGUCACCAGCGCAACUGAAAAAGAAGUAUCCAUGGAUAAAUACCGAUGGUGUGGCUGUGGCAUCCUAUGGCCUAGAAAAUGAGGGUUGGUUUGAUCCUUGGUCCCUCCUCAAUGCCUUCAGGAGAAAAGCAAUGUCUAUGGGUGUCUAUCAGUGCUUCGGAGAAGUGAUAUCGUUUACCAUCUCCUCCCGAGAAAUAAUGGUGCCUGAAGGGGAGCUGACCUUCUCCCACAUUAAUUAUGUCCGCGUCCAAAUGCCCAACAGUUUGGAGUACCAGCCGGUGGAGUGCUCCUUGGUGGUCAAUGCAGCUGGUCCCUGGUCACAGAAGCUGGCCGAGAUGGCCGGUGUUGGGAUCGGGCCACCCGACACCCCGGAAGGCAUCAAGCUACCAGUGGAGCCCAGGAAAAGGUACAUCUUUGUGUGGCACUGUCCCGAUGGGCCCGGCCUGGACUGUCCCAUGCUGGUUGACGCCACGGGGACUUAUUUCCGCCGAGAAGGCCUGGGAGGCAACUAUUUGGGAGGCCUCAGCCCGGCAGAGGAGGAAGAGCCAGACAUCCAAGACCUGGAAGUCGAUCAUGAUUUCUUCCAGGAGAAGAUCUGGCCCUGUCUGGCCCAUCGGGUGCCAGUGUUUGAGUCCCUGAAGGUGAAGAGUGCCUGGGCUGGCUACUAUGACUACAACACGUUUGACCAGAACGCCGUGCUAGGCCCGCACCCUCUGGUGGAGAACAUGCUCUUCAUCACGGGGUUCAGCGGGCACGGGUUGCAGCAGUCGCCGGCAGCAGGCAGGGCUGUGGCCGAGCUCAUUCUGGAAGGCAAGUUCAAGACCAUCAACAUGGAGAAGUUCUCCUUCAAAAGGUUCAUCUCUGGGGAGCAGAUCCUCGAGAGGAACGUUGUCUGAGAGCUUGGAACUAAUCACCCAGCAGGUGGGUCCCACCUUCUCUCCUCCCCAGCUCCGUAACGCACUGUCUACUCCCGUGAGCAUCUUGGAGCUCUGCAGCCUGACAGCCAGCUUGUUAGUUUCCACAUCAGGAUCCUGACCUGAGGUACAGAGAGAAGUGACUAGCCAUGGGCCAUGCCGUAUGUUGGUAUCUGAGCUGGGAAUAGAAUCCAGGCCCCUGCUCUACUCACUAGGCAAUGCUUCCUGUUGGGUUUGACUCCUGAAUUCCCCUCUUCCCAGCUGUUGACCCAAUCACACCAUUAGCUGCAGGAGAAAACGUGUGCUCCUGUUCGGUGAUGGAGGUUGCAGCAGCACAGGGCUGGCAGGAGACUGUACUGUGUGCCCCUUCUACAUGCCUGGUGUCCCUGACGUCUCUCGAGGUCUCUGGUGCUGGCUCAUCACCCCAGAGAUUGUCAGCUUCCCCACAAAUCUGGGCCAGAUUCAGCCUGCUGGUGUGAGGCGAAAGGCCCCAUAUCCCACUUCACCCCUUGGAGCCAUUCACUCCUUGUUCCCAUAGCAGAAAUAGGCUCUCUUUCCAUCAGAGCCUGUGAUACAUCUGCCUGUCCCGUGUGUCUAACCCUCUCCAAGCUCCAAGAGGCACCUGCUCUUUUCUAGGCUCUGCUCAUCCUGAGAACAGGAAUUAACCAAUUUGGUUUGACAGCCUAUUGUCUUCCAACUCCUGCAUGUAGGGUGAAGUCCUUAACAGCUGGGAGACUAAGAACAUCCAUGUUAGAGGCUGUUCAUAUGGAUCCAUGGAUCUUAGAGUGCUUUAUCUUAAUCCCACUCUCCUGUUUCUUCAAGGCCUCAUUUUUCUGGUCAAAUUCCAAUUUGGCUAAUCAUUCUGCCUACCUCCAUAGCCCUUCCACUGUCCCUUGUCUUCACUUCCCAUCCCAAACUGUUGUAUGCUGUUAUAUGGAUGUCACAUUCCACCCCAGAGAUGGCUACACUCCAACAUUACUUAAAAUUCUACACACAGGGACCAUUUUAAUCCCCUCCCACUCCCAGUGGGGUUGCAAAAUGCUUUGGUGCCAUUUGGACUGAAGGCACUAUAGGAAUGGAAGUUCAUUGGCCAUGCUGGUCUUGGAGACGGUGGAAAACAAACAUCCUGCCACAACAUGUGUUUUUACAGCCAGUGUCUUGUUAUUGUCCGUAGCGAUCCUCCCCUGAAUGCCCUCAGGAGCAGGCGAUAGCAGCACCCAGACAGGCAGAGCAUUAAAUUCCCAAAAUGUUAUGAGAUCCUUGAUUGUAAGGUGCCAAGAGGAGCAAAAGCUCAUGAAGCCCUGCAAGGAGCUGGACCGCUAAGUGUGGAUUCUUCCUGUUGUACAUGGAGCACUGGCCAAGGCAGGAGCAUAGUGCUGUUCCUCAGCCAGACACUGACUGGAUUACUCCUGGGGGAAUUCUGCACCACUGGGCAUGUACAGAAUUUGUGUCUCCCACAGUUUUCUUUACUUUCCUGCAGAAAAAUGACUUUCUGACAGGGAAGCCACAAGAGUGGUCCUGUGACCCUCCCAAU